CAUGUCAUUAUUAAAAAAGUCGCACACCAUGUUUCGGGAUCUUCUAGUUUUUGUUAUAUUUGCAACAGCAACUUCAAAUCCUUUAAUGGAGAUUACGGAUCCAAAACUGAAAAACUUAACAGAAACAAUGCACAAAGUAUGUGUAGAUAAAACCGGUGUGCCAGAAGCAUCUAUAGAGGAAGGUAAAAAAGGAAUUUUAGAUCGUGACCCAAAACUAAUGGAAUACUGGACCUGCGUAUGGAUUACAUCUGGCUUGAUGGAUCAAAAAGGAAAUAUCGAUUUCGAGCUAUUGCAUGAAAUGGCCCCAUCGAAUAUUGCCGAUUUAUCAACAAACCUGGUUAGAACUUGUCACGACAAAACUGUAGGUGAAAAAGUUCUUACCACGUUAGUUUUAAAGAUGACUAAAUGUAUUGCAACCACAGAUUUUAAAGUGAGUAAUCCUGUCAAAAAAUAGUCUUUUGAAAAAUCUUAUAGUCAAAUAUGAAAGUCAAUUGUUUAAAAUAAGUAAUCGCAUUUUUUUCUUUUUCAGCACUUUUUAAUAUUCUAGCUAAAGGAGAAUAUCAUUUAUUUAGUACGUAAAAUAUUUGUCCAAACAUUAUAUACUAAUUCUCUUUGUUUGAAUAAAUAAAAACCCAAAAAGGAAA